GUCGGCGACACAGAAGGCCCUCUGCGCUCGCGGGAGGCCCCCGAGGCGGGAGGCGGCGGCGGGCACCAUGUCGGUGAGCGACAUGUUCAUUGCGCUGCAGGGCGUCCUCACCGCUGACCAGGACAUCCGUGAGGAGAUCCGGAAAGUGGUGCAGGCGCUGGAGCAGACGGCCCGAGAGAUCCUCACGCUGCUGCAGGGCGUGCACCAGGGAGCCGGCUUCCAGGACAUACCAAAGAAAUGUCAGAAGGCUCGUGAACACUUUGGUACCGUGAGAACACAGCUGGAAUCUCUGAAGACCAAGUUUCCUGCUGACCAGUAUUACAGAUUUCAUGAGCACUGGAGGUUUGUGCUUCAGCGGUUGGUGUUUUUGGCAGCAUUUGUAGUCUACUUGGAGUCAGAAACGUUAGUGACCCGAGAAGCUGUUGCAGAAAUACUUGGGAUUGAAGCUGAUCGAGAGCGGGGCUUUCACCUGGACAUUGAAGACUAUCUUUCUGGUGUAUUAACUCUCGCCAGUGAGCUGGCCAGACUGGCAGUGAACAGUGUCACGGCUGGUGACUAUUCUCGGCCUCUCCGCAUCUCAACUUUUAUCAACGAGCUGGAUUCUGGCUUCCGUCUCCUCAACCUGAAGAAUGACUCCCUGAGGAAACGUUACGAUGGCCUGAAAUAUGAUGUCAAGAAAAUUGAGGAAGUGGUUUACGACUUGUCGAUCAGAGGACUCAAUAAGGAGGCAACAGUUGGUGAGGGUGAAGAGAAAUGAAGGAUGCUCAUUUUAACAGCAUCAUUGAUUACCUCAGAUGGUUGCCAAUCUAGGAAGCAUGCUAGCGAAGCCUUCCUACAGUAGUUUAGAAGAACUGCAGCUGAAAGCUGCUCUCUAUUUUCUUACAAAAGGUGUAGUACGGGUGUUAGAUCUCAAAAUGUUUUGUAAAAUCAUGUCUAGAUUAGGGCAGGAGGCUCUCAUUUCCAGUGGAAUUCCUCUCUCAAAACACACAGUGCCACGUUCUGUGCACUGCAGCAAUAGUCAGUAACUCCCACGAGCUGAAAUUCUCGUUAGUUCUGUAGUGUUGCCUCACUGCUCUGGCAGUGAUGUGCUUCCGCUGUCUCUGCUCACACACCUUUAAAGAUGUGUGCACAGCACGCAGCUCAGUGCAGAUACAUGUGAUGUUUUAGAAAACACAGUGUGUAAAUAUUACACAUUUUUUAAGACACUGAUUUUUUUUUGCCUUUUUGUUUCUUAAGUUUUCACCUAUGUCAGUAAGUUGAAAAGAUUUGCAUAACUGUUUAUUAACCAGAUCUUUUUUAAUGGCUUCUGAUAAUGUAUCCAGCUUAACUGAGAAAUUGAUGAAAAUAUUCCUGAGAAUUUCUCCACUGGAACUGGUGUACUGCACCCGGGCACAUCUUUUUUUUUUCUUUCUUUCUUUCCUUCAUUUUUUUCCUUUUCUCCAAGACUUCUGUUAUCAGGGAGAGCAAGGUUUUCUCAAACAUCUGCUUUCACUGGCUGAUACUUGGUUUACUGAUAUGAGUAAAUGCUGAGUUUUAAUAUGAUUGUUUGCCUUGAGAAAUUGGUAUAACCAAUUUUAUUUUUUUUUAACUACCAAGGUUUCUGAAUAGAGCAGUGGUAACUGAUAAACUGCAGGUAGUGUCUGAGUUUUAACAACCUAUAUAGGCCACAACUGUACCUGUGUCCUGGGAUUUUAAAAAAAA